AUGGUAGGAGCCUCCACGCUGGUGUUGCUCCUGCUUGGGCAGUUCCUGGCUGUGACGGAGACUCAGACUCAGAAAGUGGGACCUCGAGGCCCCCCUGGCCCCCAGGGACCUCCAGGAAAACCGGGCAAGGAUGGAAUUGAUGGAGAAGCUGGUCCUCCAGGUCUGCCUGGCCCUCUGGGACCAAAAGGAGCCCCCGGGAAAGCAGGGAAGCCAGGAGAGGUGGGGCUGCCCGGGCUGCCCGGAGUGGACGGUCUGACUGGGCGGGAUGGACCUCCUGGACCCAAGGGCACCCCUGGAGAGCGGGGAAGCCUGGGGCCCCCAGGACCACCUGGACUUGGGGGCAAAGGCCUCCCCGGACCCCCUGGAGAGGCAGGAGUGAGUGGCCUCCCAGGUGGAAUGGGCCUCCGGGGACCCCCGGGACCCUCCGGACUUCCAGGCUCCCCAGGACCCCCAGGACCUCCUGGGCCCCCAGGCCACCCAGGUGUCCUUCCUGAAGGUGCUACUGACCUGCAGUGCCCUGCCAUCUGCCCACCUGGCCCCCCAGGCCCCCCAGGAAUGCCAGGAUUCAAGGGACCUACUGGCUACAAAGGGGAGCAAGGAGAAGGCGGCAAGGAUGGAGAGAAGGGUAACCCUGGUCCCCCUGGGCCUGCCGGCAUCCCGGGAACCGUAGGGGUGCAGGGUCCCCGGGGACUUCGAGGAAUGCCAGGGCCACUUGGGCCCCCUGGUGACCGGGGUCCGAUUGGGUUCCGAGGCCCCCCCGGGAUCCCUGGAGCACCCGGGAAAGUGGGUGACCGAGGCGAGAGGGGUCCAGAGGGGUUCCGAGGACCCAAGGGUGACCUUGGCAGACCUGGCCUCAGAGGCCUCCUUGGACUCGCUGGUCCCGCUGGAGAACCGGGCAUGCCGGGCAAGGAUGGCCGGGACGGUGUACCAGGACUGGACGGGGAGAAGGGAGAGGCAGGCCGCAAUGGCGUUCCAGGAGAGAAGGGGCCCAACGGACUGCCGGGCCUCCCGGGUCGAGCAGGGUCCAGAGGCGAGAAAGGAGAACAGGGCAAAGCUGGAGAGCUGGGUGAGGCAGGCCCCUCAGGAGAACCAGGUGUCCCUGGAGAUGUGGGGCUGCCAGGGGAGCGUGGUGAGGCUGGCCACAGGGGCUCUGCGGGGGCUCUUGGCCCACAAGGCCCUCCUGGUGCUCCUGGUGUGCGUGGCUUCCAGGGCCGGAAGGGCAGCAUCGGGGAACCUGGCUUGCCAGGCCCCCAGGGCCUCCGAGGCGGCAUGGGCGAACGAGGCUUUGGAGGAACUGCAGGUCGGAAGGGAGACCAGGGCAUCGCUGGUGCUGACGGUCUUCCUGGGGAUAAAGGAGAGCUGGGUCCCAGUGGACCCGUCGGACCCAAAGGAGCGUCUGGCGACAGAGGCGAGCUGGGCCCCAAAGGCAUCCAGGGUCCCAACGGCACCAGUGGCGUUCAGGGGGUCCCAGGUCCUCCUGGCCCCAUGGGCUUCCCAGGAGUUCAAGGCAUCCCUGGAAUUACGGGAAAACCAGGUGUUCCGGGCAAAGAAGCCAGCGAGCAGCACAUCCGGGAGCUGUGUGGGGGCAUGAUCAGCGAGCAAAUCGCACAGCUAGCUGCUCACCUGAGGAAGCCUUUGGCACCAGGAUCCAUCGGUAGGCCCGGUCCAACUGGUCCUCCAGGUCCCCCAGGCCCUCCUGGAUCCAUUGGCCACCCUGGUGCUCGUGGACCCCCUGGAUAUCGUGGUCCCACUGGAGAGCUGGGAGAUCCUGGCCCCCGAGGAAGCCAAGGGGACCGAGGGGACAAAGGCGCCACUGGUGCUGGCCUGGAUGGGCCUGAUGGAGACCAAGGACUCCAAGGCCCACAAGGGGUGCCAGGCACUAGCAAAGACGGGCAGGAUGGCGCUCCCGGCGAACCCGGGCCUCCCGGCGAUCCUGGUAUUCCUGGCGCAGUUGGUGUUCAGGGGACUCCCGGGAUCUGUGAUACCUCAGCCUGCCAAGGAGCUGUGUUAGGAGGGGGCGGGGAGAAGUCGGGCCCUAGAAGCUCCUAA